AUGCCUCGUAAGUCAGGCGCGUCGCAGACAUCUGCGCAUUGUGCUGAGCACGCGCAACUGACAAUUCCACAGCUCAAAUGUCCGAUGACGAGAGCGAUAACAUGUCUAUUCCGGAUCAGAUUCCAGCGAAGAAGUCCACGAAGGCUCCAGCCCAGGAUGAGGAGGACGAAGACGAGGCAGAAGAGGGAGAUGAGUUCCAAGUCGAGAAGAUCAUGGAUCACAAAAUCCAAAAGAAGAAGGUCUUGUACAAGGUGAAAUGGCUAGGCUGGGACAACGAGGACGACAUGACUUGGGAGCCGAUCGAGAACCUUUCCAACUCUCCCGACCUUGUGGAGGCCUAUCAUGUAUCAAUUGGCGGCACUCCUGAGCCAGCGGGCAAGGGAUCAGCCAAAAAGGGACCAGCUGCAGGCAAGCGAAGCGCAUCCGCUGCCUUUGACUCUCCCGCCCCGACGGGUUCUGGCAAGAAGCGAAGCCGCAAGAGCGAUGCCAAUGGGGACGCGUGGGAACCGCCUGUAGGAUCUUGGGAGGACCAUGUGGAGCGUGUGGCGGCAAUUCUCGAGGAGGAGGAGGAGGUGUCGGGCAUCAUCAAGAAGGGCAAGACCGACGUGCAGUCGCUCAAAGGCUUGCUGGAGUGGGUGAACGGCAAGAAGUCGGAACACAAGAUGAGUCUGCUCCGCCAAAAGUGCCCGCAGCGACUGCUCGACUACUACGAGAGCCAUCUGUAA